CCUUACGAAUGGACAAUGUCGCUACUUUGGUCGGGUCGCGUCACGGGAAGAAUGUACUGUGAAACGUAUUAUACGAACCAACAAGCGCGAAGAUCGAACAGACGCCAUAAAGUCGUCUCAGUCGUCUGCGGUCAACGGCGUCAAGUGAAUUCUCGAGAGUUCAUGUUUACAAUUCACCAUUUACUCGAUAUCUCUGCAGAGAUUCGUGUCAAAGAAGAAAUGUAACGUAACAUAUCUCGAACGAUACGAUAUUUAGGCGCAAUUAUGGUUUCGACUAUUAGAAAAUUGACGAAUUACUACGCAUGCGCGUGAAUCAUUUCUGUUUGUCGCUUCAUGCACUGGAACAGUGUGUAUCGCAGUGCGCUUUGCAAGCGUGUCGAGGCCUGUUUGCGUUUGAGUUGCAUCUCGAAGAAUCGAACGGCGCGAAAUCAUUUCGAUAUUCCUCAAUCGUUCGACGCUUAAAUAAUACAAAAACCGAAGUCGGCAAAAUUAUCUGCUGUUCGCUUAAUCGGCACUCGGUGAAAACAAAGUCAGAGAUCAAGGAAAAUAACAAGAGGAAACGAAGUAAUUGCUGGUGAAAGUUAAACGAUAUUUCUGCGUCACGGAAAUCAGCUUCUUUCGUCAGUUGCUCGUAUAAUGAACGCUGUAGCCAAUCAGGAUGAGAUUCACAUGACGACAUCUGAACUUAUCGAAGCCCAUGGUUAUACGGCAGAGAUACAUCAUAUUUGGACAGAAGAUGGAUAUUGUUUAGACGUGCAUCGAGUGCUUCCUCCAAAGUCGAGGGAAAUUUCGUGUUACGAUAUUAGCGAGAACGAUGCGGAUGACUUAAAUUAUAAGAAACCACCAGAGGUUCGAGUACCGAUCCUUAUUCAUCAUGGACUUUUAUCGAGUUCAGCCGACUGGGUACUAUUGGGUCCGAAAAAGGCUUUGGCAUAUAUUUUAUCCGAUAACGGAUACGACGUUUGGUUGGGAAAUGCAAGAGGUAAUGCGUAUUCCAAGAAGCAUAAGAAAUAUACAACCAAAGACAAAGAAUUUUGGGAUUUCAGCUGGCACGAAGUUGGUUAUUAUGACUUACCAGCAACUAUAGAUUACAUUUUAGAACAUACAGGACAUACCAAGCUUUAUUAUAUAGGCUACAGUCAAGGUACAACUGCAUUUUAUGUAAUGGCCAGUGAAAAAUCUGAAUACAAUCGUAAAAUUAAAGGGAUGAUUAGUCUUGCACCGAUAGCAUUUCUGUCGAAUCAGAGGAGUCCUUUGCUUAAAUUAGUUGUUCACUUUUAUGGCAUAAUGGAGUGGGGAUCUUCUUAUUGCAAUGUACAUCAGUGGUUCCCCCGCAAUAGGUUGCAGGCACGUACCUUGGGUACAAUAAUUCGAAAUGCACCAGGUAGCCUUACUAAAGGUUUCUGCGUAUGUUGGUUUUACUUGAUUGCUGGAUUUGGCAGUAAUCAACUAGACAAGUCUAUGCUGCCAUUAAUCUUAGGACACUUCCCAGCAGGUGCUUCUGCUAAGCAGAUUAUUCAUUACAGUCAAAGUAUAUUAUCAGGAUCAUUUCGUAAAUUUGAUUAUGGGGCAACCGAGAAUCUAAAACUGUACGGAUCAACACAACCGCCGAAAUAUGAUCUGGAAAAGAUAAAAGUGCCAAUUGUAAUAUUUUACAGUGAAAAUGAUUUUCUAACUGAUCCUGUGGAUGUAAAAAAGCUUGUCGAUAGACUGUCGAAUGUUCUGGAAACGCGAAAAAUCGAAUAUUCAAAAUUUAAUCACAUAGAUUAUUUAUGGGGUAGAGAUGCUAAAACACUUGUUUACAAUGCUGUUUUAAAAACAUUAAAAAGGUUUAGAUAAGGAAAAGUUUUAAUACCAUUAAUUAUUUAUUAAUUUGUGUGUGUGUGUGUGUGUGUGUGUGUGUGCGUGCGUAUACACACACACACACACACACACACAUAUAUAUUUUACCAAUUUUUUUUACAUUAUAUAAAGUCAGAGAU